CUGUGCUCGUGAGAUAAUUUUGAGCUGAAAUUAUUGAACAGUUGUAUACAAAAGUUGUGAUAAGACAGUGUAUGUGAGUUUGUGACAGUAAAAAUUUUAAGUGAACAUUCAAAAUAUACAAGUUUAACCUCUAAAAAUACUCCUAAAAAGUGCCACAGUAUAAUUAUUAAUGUUAAUGUUUAUAUUUUUAUAAUAUUUUAACAAAAAAUAUAUACAUGACUCCUCGUAGAAAGUAAAUUAACAGGAAUACUUUUAUGGAAAAGUGUCUUAAAACGGUGUGUAGGUGACAAAGGGCAAAAUGACGGUCGAGAGGAGUAAAGGGACGACGAAGAAGGUACCCACCACCAAGAAGGUCGCUCCCGACGGAGGCUGGGCGUGGAUGGUCUGUCUCGGUGUUAGUUUGGUCAAUUUUUCCACACGCUCGCUGGAGCCGUCUUUCGGGUUGCUGUUCAAAGACCUGCUAGAUGACCUGGGCGUGAAGACCACAGGGGCUUCCUUCAUAGCCAGCACCCUGGACUCGGUCGUCAAUUUCUCGGGUUUCUUCGUGGGGCCCGUGAUCAAGACAUUCUCGUAUAGAAAAGUGUGCAUAUUCGGUUCCUUUAUAUGCGCCCUAGGUUUACUCUUCACUGCCCCUGCCAAUAGCAUGGCACAUAUUUUAGCUACCUACAGUAUAUUUGGAGGUUUCGGGGUGGGUCUCGCUUCGGCGUCAUCUUUUGUUUCCCUCAACCACUACUUCUCGAAGAAGCGAGGGCAGGCCGUGGGUUUGUCCAUGGCGGGAACAGGCUUCGGUCUAAUGGUGAUGCCACAGCUGGUCCAUCAUCUACUGGAGAUCUACAACUUCCGGGGAACAGUCGUGAUACUGGGCGCCCUGGCCUUCCACGCAGUCCUGGGCUCGUGUCUUCUGCAGCCGAUAAAAUGGCAUCUCAAAGAGGAACCGGUGGAUUGUGAGAUGCAGCUAGUUAAGGAAAAUAUGGAGGCGAUACACGAAAGCGACGAGGAGGGGGACGAUAAGUUCGAGAUAAAUCCGCUGGUCAGUCAUCCCAUGCCGAAGCUGACCACGCAGCGGUCGCACGGCAACAUGAACCAUCCGUCAGUCAGAACUGUCGGCCUGCCGCGAGCCAAAACGUGCGAUAAACCGUUACAAGAGUUCGAAAGGCACUCAAAGUUUGAACCGAGUUUAACCACGGCGGCGUCAGUGGGCGCCAUGCAGAGGAUCACCUCCAGUGGAAGCAUGAGCGAGGCGGCGAGGAAGAGAAAAGUAUCUGUGAUAUCGAAUAUAUCUAAUAUGGACUUCACUGGGAGUUACUUGCAGUUGUAUUUGGAUACAGCUGAGGACGACGCGUUGCAAAUGAGAGCGAUCAAGAAGACGGAACCCUUGCAAGAGAAGAAGGAGGAGAAAAUAGGAUUUUUUAGAAAAUUUAUGGCCCUGAUGGAUCUCGACCUGCUAAAAGACUGGUCUUUUCUGAACCUCCUGCUCGGCCUUUCGCUGUUCUGGAGCGGGGAGCUCCAGUUUAGGAUGUUGACGCCAUUUUUCAUCCGCGGACUUGGCUACAACGAGAACGACACGGCGUUCUGUCUGACCAUGACCGCCAUUACGGACGUCGGGGUGCGAUUAAUUCUGCCGCCGAUUUUCGACAGGACGACCAUCACCAAGAAGAUGAUAUUCUUCGUGUCGGCGUUCUUUUUGGCUGUAACGAGGUCGGUCCUCGCUGAGCAGACUGAAUGGGUACCGCUUAUGGUGUGGCUGUCUAUCUGCGGGUUCUUCCGAGGCAUGUGCCUCAGCAAUUUCACGCUGACAAUCUCGGAGUACUGUCCCCUCGAGAAACUGCCUGCCGCCUUCGGCCUGCACAUGGUCAGCAAAGGCCUACUGGUGGUCAUGAUCGGGCCUAUUAUUGGUUAUGUUCGCGACUACACCAACAGCUAUGCGACGUGUAUUCACGUGCAGAACGCCAUGAUAAUGUCGUGCGUACUCGUUUGGGGCGUCGAGUACGUAUUUGCGUUCACGCGCAGACGCAAGGUCGUGCAGAUUUAGUGGUACCAACGGCUAAUAUUUAGCCAUCGACCGCUAACUUGUGGCUAUCAACGGCUAAUGUGUAUCAAUCACUGGCUAUUAGUGCCUACUAGCUAUCAGUGACAUGUUACGAAUUACGAGUAUUCAGUAUCUCCGGCGUACCAAUUUUAUAAAUAUUGAUUUCGAAUUUAGGACGGUAAUAGAAGCUAUAUCAAUGUAGGCGUAGCUAUAGUUUUAUUGUAACUGUUAUUAAAUAGCGUGUCCUAGUAAAGUCCAAGCGUAGUUCCUUAGAAAGUGGCAAAUUAUUGUUACAAGAUAAUAUAUUAUAUACUUUUUUCUAAUAUUUACACACACACUUAUAAAUCGUGGCUAAGAAAUCAAUAUAUUUUUUAAAUGGUACUCCGGUAAGUAAUUUGGCUGUAUUGUACCAUCGAAGAAAUUGAUUCGUAGGCAGAUGACGGUCCUACGUCAUUUAGUCGGGUUACGUCAAUUCCUUCGAUCACUGAAGGUCAAUUUAAUGUUAGUUGUAAUCUGUCGGUUAGGUUGGACCAUAAAGUUAAUAUACCUAGCGGAAUAGAGAAACAAAGGCCUGA